AUGAUCAAGAUUCCAGAAUGGAAGCUGCAUCUUCAGUGCUUUAAAAGAACUUCUUUAUUUGGUGUCGUCUCUUUGGAACCUCCUAUCCAGAUCCUCCUUUUCCCCACCAAACUCUGCCUCUCCAUCCAUUGGGGCCGAGGCAGAGAAUCUAGAGUAUGUGUUUUAAUUUUUUGCUGUCUUUUGUGUUUGUGUUGCCAGGACAUUUUGUUCCCUUACGUCAAAGACCACAUUCAGGAUUACCUGCGGGCACACUGGGAAGAGGAGGAAUGCCAAGAAGAUGUCGGCCUUUUGAGGAAACAGGCUGAAGAAGAUUCUCGCCUGGACGGUGUUGUGCCGAUCCCAAUGGAGAGCAGAGAUGGGGAAGAGGAGAUAGAACGAAUCAUCCAGGCUGUUGUUGACAACGUCUGCUGGCAGAUGUCUUCAGACAGAAAGACCACGGCCUUAAAGCAGCUCCAGGGUCACAUAUGGAGGGCAGCAUAUGAGACUGGCCACGUGAAGGGCGAGCUCUUUGAGGAUGUGGUUCCAGCAGUGAGAAAGUGGAAAGAAGCAGGCAAGAAGGUUUAUAUUUAUUCAUCUGGGAGUGUAGAGGCACAAAAACUCUUGUUUGGGAAUUCUACAGAAGGUGAUAUUUCAGAGCUCAUUGAUGGCUAUUUUGACACCAAAAUAGGUGCCAAAUUUGACCACGAGAGUUACCAGCGGAUAGCCGCGAACAUUGGAUGUUCCACAAACAAUAUCCUGUUUCUGACAGAUGUCACUCGAGAAGCAGAUGCUGCUGAAGAGGCUGACAUGCACGUUGCUGUAGUAAUCCGGCCAGGGAAUGCAGGACUGACAGAUGACGAGAAGUCGUAUUACAGACUCGUAACCUCUUUCAAUGAACUGUUCCUGCCCUCGUCCACUUAAGCAGCCAAUUCACGAAAGAGAGAAAGAAAGAAAGAAAGAAAUUCUCCCUGUAAUUUAUGGUAUUUUUUUGCUGGUGUGAAGAAUUUGGAAAGAGAAAAUAUUGAUCCAUGAUCUCACGACGAGAGGCCGCCGAGACCCAGAUCACUGACCUGAGACGUGAUGUUGCAUUUCAGAUGGACCAGCUAUGAAACUGUGUAUAGUUGGUGGCUCGCUUAUUUUGGAGUUGCACAUGGAAGGUCGAGAAAGUACAGUUUGCCAGGAGGUUCUCUCGCACAAGCCCUUUGAAUGGAAAAUGCACAAAAGGACUGUUGUCCUCUUAUGCACGACUCAUUCAUCUCUGGAAAAACCUUCGUGCCGGAAGCCUCCUGGUCAACUCUGCUCCUGCAUGUUUACUUCAAAUAAACAUUCCUAAACCUUUAUUCUCUCCUGAAAAUAAACUAAGAAAACAAAAUCUUUA